AUGUUUCGAGGGCUGUUGGUCCUCCUCAACACCAACUGCGCAAAGAAGAACUUCAUCCCAUCGCGUUGGACUGUAUCACGCGACACAGUGGUGUUUGCUGAGGCUGCCCUCCAGUCCGCCAUUGCAGAGUUGAUGGCGAAGGAGGGGGAGUUGGGAUGCAAGGUGUCGUUCGCCAUCGACAUGUGGACGGCACCCAACAGCAAGGCCUGGCUUGUGGUGACGGGUCACUGGAUCGAUGAGAACUUUCAGCUGCGCACAGCCGUGCUAGAGUUCCGCGAGAUUCUUGGGCGUCAUACCGGCGAGGAUAUGGCGCAGGUGGAGGAGGAGACGGUGGGUCUGUCGAAGGACGACAAGAAGAAGGUAGCGAAGAUGCGCCUGACAGACGCGGACUGGGAGAGGUUGCAGGUGGUGAAGACCUUCCUAAGCCCCUUCGCCAAGGUUUCAAAGGCAGCUAAGGGGGCGGCGUAUCCAACGGUGUCGAUGGUGGUGCCAUACUACAACGGCUUGAUCGACGCCAUGGAGGCGCGGCUAGCCAAGGGGUCAUCAGCGACACUAGAGCCGAUGGUGGUGGCGGCGCUGCGCCAUCUCAAGAAGUACGCCUACAUUACCAGCAACACGUACUGGAUCUGCACCUUCCUAGACCCCUCAAUGAAAGCGGUGUGGUUUGACGACGCGCGUUGGGAGAAGAUGCAUCCUGACACACCGAGGAGGGAGAGGUCGUGUCCCUCGUCCGGGGAGGUGAUCACGCUGAGGAUUGGCGAGGGCCGGCGUCCGAGAGGAGUUGCAGAGCUCGAGUUCGCCAUUGAGGGCGAAGAGGUGGAUGUGGACGACGACGACGAGGAGGAGGAGGAGGAGGAGGAGGAGGAGGAGGAGGAGGAGGAGGAGGAGGAGGAAGAGGAGGAGGAGGAGGAGGAGCACGAGGGGGUCGACGCAGCGAGGGGCGGGAAUGAUGUGGUUGGAGGCAGUGGGACCAUGGCGUAG